AUGAGUGACAGAAGAAGAAUAACAGGUCCAGUAAAUACAUUGGCGCCAAAUAUCCCAAGCCUUAGCGAUACUUUUUCUUCCUCCCCAUCACAACCGGAGCCCGCAACUGCUUCACUGAAUCAAGUACCGCCAUUCUUUCUCAAACAUGGACUAAUUACAAACUCCAAUGGUUCGGCAUACUUGGAAAUCGACAAUACCACAAUAAUUCAGGUUUCAGUGUUUGGACCACGACCAAUCCGAGGAUCAUUCAUUGAUAAAGCUAGUAUCAGUGUAGAAACCAAGUUUCUUCCUCAUGUACAACAACCACAAGCUGAUAUCUUCAACUUCAACAACAGCAGCUCUAACAACAAUAGAGAUACUUUUAAUGCAUCGGGGUAUAGGACAGGAAUGACUGCAAUUGAACACCGAUUCAGCUCUUAUUUGGAAACAUGUCUAUUACCAAGCAUCUUGUUGUCCAAGUACCCCAAAUCUACAAUCGAUUUACAAGUGAGCAUCAUAUCUACUGACCCAAAUUGUAAAGGACUUAGUGGGAUGUUGUGGCUCAUGCAAUGGAUCGUGGUCGCAUCAAGCUUGGCUAUAAUUGACGCUGGAAUCGAGAUUAGAGACAUGGUUUCCAGUGGCGUUGUUAAAUUGAUGCCCAAUGGAGAUGUUCAAAUAGGACAAGAUUUGGAUAAGAAGAGUAGUAAAGAGGAUGACGACGACGAUGAUGACGAUGGUGUUUAUGCAUUGGUAAGCUUUAUGAAUUUGAAAAACGAUGAAAUUGUGGGAUGUUGGUAUGAAGGCGGGGGUAAAGAUGAUGGUUUAUCAACUACUGAUAUGGAGAAAUUGAUUGAUGAAUGUUGCAAAAUGUCUAAAUUGAUUAGAGCAAAUUUGAAUUCGUAUUUGUUGAACUCAAUGAAUUGA